UUUUUGAGGGGGCUGCCGCGGAAGUGGCCAAAGUCACGUCACUCCAUGUGUUGGAUUUGUGAGGUUAGCUAGGAACAUGUGUGACAAGACGCCCAAAAAAACAAACAAUUCUACAAUUUGUGGCUUUUCGCCGGUUACUCUGCAUGAGAGUCCAGCCCAGGUGUCACCCCAGAAAAAUUUGACGGGACUUCCCCGAAUCGUGCGGGAUUUGGUGGCCGAUGUUUACAACAAUAUCCAGAAGUGGAAUGAUUUACAUAUCAAGGGGUGCACCGUUGUUAAGGAAAUUGCGUCUUUGAAGGCCGAUAAUCCCAAAGAUUUGUCCCCAAAUUUGGAACAAUUAACCAAUGAUUUGUACGGAUUAGUACAGUCUUUGAGGCAUUACAAGGAGGCGUUAAUUCUGUUCUCCAAUCAAAUGAGGGCUACGGAAAAGUUGCAACAAAAUGGCAGUCCGUUAUUUAUUUCACUCAAUUUAAAAUCUUUGGCCAAUUUGGUCGAAAGUGUUAUAAAAGCGUACGGGGAAGAAUUUGAGGUGAAAGAAUUCGUUUUGGAAAACAUCGCACAUGCGAAGAACUCGGACGAAGCAAUGUUUCUAGCCGCCUUAUGGACCUAUCAGUACAAAAUAAGCGAUUCAAUUAAUUCAAAAUUGGAAGUUUUGCUUGUGGAAACAGGCCAUCGAAAAUUUACCUGAUUCAAA